AUGCUUGCUAAUGAAAUUUCAGAUAUUAUAAAACAAGUUAAUUCAGAAAAAUUUGCAGCCAUCGUUACUGAUACUACAUCAACAUCUCAUUUAGCACCUUAUGAUCUACCUUAUAUUGAAAAUAUAGAUACUCCUGAAUUAUGA